AGGUAAAAUAUGGUUAGCGACAAAACAAUCUCUAUUAAGAGACGCAAAUUAACCAAGAAGAAGAAGAAGAAGAAGAAGCGAACCCUAACAUCAUCAUCAUCAUCACCGUCACUACCCACUCUUCCUUUCGAUCUCAUUCCUGAAAUACUAUGUAGACUGCCAGUGAAGUUCCUGCUUCAAUUUCGAUGCAUCUGCAAAUCAUGGAAAUCUCUUAUCUCCGAUUACAAAUUUGCCAAGAAGCAUCUUACUCUUUCAACCACACACACCCUCCACUGCAUAAGCUACCGUGAUAAUGCACACGUCUUACUCAAUUCUUACUCACUCGACUACGUCUUGACCAACAUCACGCAGACUCAGUUUCCUUCUCCUCCUGACAGUUAUUUGUUUGUGGGAUCUUGCAAUGGCAUCCUUUGUCUUGUAAGAGAAGGUACAGACGUGGUUCACCUUCAAUUGUGGAACCCUUCCAUUAGAAAAUUUAAAGAAUUGCCUCCUAUUAGUACACCACAAACAUUUGUAUCGCUGUAUGGAUUCGGAUACGAUCCAAUUAUUGAUAAUUACAAGGUUGUGGUUGUUUAUAGUGAUUUAAAUCGUAAAAUGGAAUUGAAGGUUCAUACUUUGGGUACCGAUUCAUGGAAAACCGUUUCGGAGUUUCCUUUUGCUUUUGUCUCUGCUCAGCGACCGGGGCAAUAUGUGAGUGGCACAAUUAAUUGGUUGGUUUCUACUGGUAUCAAGUGGUUUAUUACUUCUUUUGAUUUGGGGAAUGAGUGUUAUCAAGAGGUUUUGCUACCCGAUGAUCCUUGUAAGGUAGAUGAAAAUAAAUUAAGCUUAAGUAUUUUUAGGGCUUGCUUGUGCAUGAUUUCUGGUGAAAAUGUUUGGGUUAUGAAAGAAUAUGGAAAUGAAGAGUCUUGGACUAAAUUGUUCACUAUUUCUUACCUGCGAGUUCCUCGUGCAUCAUCUUAUUCCUAUAUUAUGGCAGAAUGUGUUCUUGAGAAUGAACAAGUGCUGCUGACGUACAACGAGGAUGAGAGAUUCGGGCAUAUUUCUUACAAUUAUAAAAAUGACACAUCAAAGUUUAUUGAGUUGGAAAACUUCCCAGAAAUUUGCGUUGAAAGUUUGAUAUCACCUUGUUUUUAAUGCUAGGCUAGGAUGUAGAUGCAGUGCUAUGUCACUUUAGCAUUUGAUAUUUUCUGUUUAUGAUAUUUAAUUUGCACUUGUUCUUCUAAUUAUUGGUUACU